GAAAGAGACGUGUAGUAGCUUGUUCUGUCUCUGCAGCAGGCGCCAAGUAUUUCGACCAAAGCUUCAAGUUUUCAAGACUUUUCUAUGCGGAGAAUUGUGUCAUAAAAUAGCCAGAGAUAUAUAGGGCCUAUCUGUGAAUACGUAGUGAAAACUAAUCUGUGACCGUGGAAGAGGGAAUGUAUUGGAAGAUUCAUUGAAGUUAUUUAACCGUUUUUAAAUAAGCAGACAGAGCAUCCUGAAACUACGAAGAGGACAGCUGCGUCCAGUUGCGGACAGAGUUUACAGUAGAGAUAGUCUAGAAGAAACAUCAGGACAGCCUAUAAGAGAUCUUAUAGAAAAAAGCUAUAUCGACCAGUGGGUAUAUGAAUUUGAAAUACUCCAGGAGUGUGUGUGGGGCAUAUCGGACAGAAAGGGAACGAGUUGUCUGAGUAUUUUCUCGAGGCCAUUUUCCCGAGGUGCAUCUUUAAACAGCUAGAGAUUUUGACGGCCCGAAGGAGAUAGUAUAAAAAUAUGCUCAUCCCUAUUUCUGGCGGGCCAUUAGAUGACACAACAGGGACCGGGUUGUUCCGGCCUUGUGUUGGCCCUGAAACCAACUCCACGACCGCGUUGAUUUUGCCCAGGCAAUGUGCGGACAACACACUGUGCGUCAGGAACUUCCUUUUCUUCUUCGCUUCCUUAUCAUACCAAGUAUGCUUGUGUCCGAUGACCACAGUCCCAACAUCACCUCCAGGAUCAGGGUGCACACCAA